AUGGCUUCGCGCACGCUGGCAGCAGCCGUGGCCUCGGCCAAAACGGCCAUGCCUGUUCACUAUGUAUUUAGCUAUGGUUCUAAUGGGAUGAAACAACUGCAGGCACGUGUUCAUGCGGCUGUACCUCUUCCCAGUUGGCCAGCUUACGUGGCCAACUAUACGCGCAUCUUCUGCCUCCGCUCCCUGAACUGGGGCGGUUCAGUCGCGAGUAUCUACCCAGCUCCGGACCAUCGCGUGAUGGGUUCACUGACCGCGCUGACACCUGAGCAACUGGAGCGCCUCGAUGUGUUUGAAGCCGGCUACACUCGGGAACCCGUCAUGGCGACCAUCAGUGACCAGAGCGGCGAAGAACACCAUGUUGCUGCCUCCGUCUAUGUCGCCACCAACCCCGAGUGGCGUGGUCCGCCUAGUCCAGCCUACCUGACAGCCAUUGCCAAAACAUUACGGGAGCAGCAUCCCGACUUUGACGGGCGCUUGCCCAUUUGGGGUCUUGUUGAGGCCAAGUUGCGCGAAGUUGACGUGUAUGUGCAUCCGUCCAGCCACAAAGCACUGGAACUGCCUGCCUUUCUAUACGAGCUUGGCACCUCAUUAAAGCAUCCCUGGAUCAUGCCCACGAGUUUGACUCCCCUGAUGGACGCGCUUGCAGCCGGCGGCUGUAGCUCAAUGGCUGAUCUCCAAGCCAUGGGCAGCACAGGACGAGCCGCCAUGUUGCGGUCCGUAUUUGCGCACGCCGUGGCCAAGGGCAAGCACGCUCCCCUGGAGGAGACAGUAGAGGAGGCCAUUCAACUCGUCGAUGCAUGGCUCGCGGAUGCAACCAAGCCUGCAAAUUAA